AUGAAAAGAUUUGCCAUGCGUCCCCAGAUCCUCAAAACGUUCUACAGCUGCACCGUCGAGAGCAUCUUGACCAGUUACAUCCCUGCCUGGUAUGGCAACCGUAAAGCCUACAGAGGAUGGUCAGUCCAGUUGAACGGAGAAAAGUUGUUGAUGGUGGACAGCGAGACGUUCCCGGAAUUGAAGCCUCAGACGCUGCGGGCAGGGAGGACGAUAGCCAUGCCCCCUAUGACCAUCGGCUUCUAUGUCAUCAAGAACAUCAACGCUUAUCCCUCACCCCAACUCCUUACCACUCACCCCUCACCCCCACACUCCUUACCACUCAACCUUCAGCCCUCACCCCCACACUCCUCACCCUUCAGCCCUCACCCCAACUCCUUACCACUCACCCCUCACCCCCACACUCCUCACCACUCACCCCCACACUCCUUACCACUCACCCUUCAGCCCUCACCCCAACUCCUUACCACUCACCCCUCACCCCCACACUCCUCACCCCUCACCCCUUCACCCCCAUACUCCUCACCACUCACACUUCAGCCCUCACCCUUCACCCCCAUACUCCUUACCACUCACCCCUCACCCCCACACUCCUUACCACUCACCCUUCAGCCCUCACCCCAACUCCUUACCACUCACCCCUCACCCCCACACUCCUUACCACUCAACCUUCAGCCCUCACCCCACACUCCUCACCCUUCAGCCCUCACCCCAACUCCUUACCACUCACCCCUCACCCCCACACUCCUCACCACUCACCCCCACACUCCUCACCCUCACCCUUCAGCCCUCACCCCAACUCCUUACCACUCACCCCUCACACCCACACUCCUCACCACUCACCCUUCAGCCCUCACCCCAACUCCUUACCACUCACCCCUCACCCCCACACUCCUCACCACUCACCCUUCAGCCCUCACCCCCACACUCCUCACCCUCACCCUUCAGCCCUCACCCCAACUCCUCACCCUUCACCCCUCACCCCCACUCCUUACCCUCACCCUUCACCCCUUACCCCCACACUCCUUACCACUCACCCCUCACCGCCACACUCCUCACCACGCAACCUUCAGCCCUCACCCCCACACUCCUCACCCUCACCCUUCAGCCCUCACCCCAACUCCUUACCACUCACCCCUCACCCCCACACACCUCACCCCCACACUCCCUUACCACUCACGCUUCAGCCCUGACCCCAACCCCUUACCACUCACCCCUCACCCCAACACUCCUCACCACUCAACCUUCAGCCCUCACCCCAACUCCUUACCACUCACCCCUCACCCCCACACUCCUCACCCUCACCCUUCAGCCCCCACCCCAACUCCUUACCCCUCACCCUCACCCUUCACCCCCAUACUCCUCACCACUCACAUUUCAGCCCCUCACCCCAACUCCUUACCACUCACCCCUCACCCCACACUCCUCACCCUCACCCUUCAGCCCUCACCCCAACUCCUUACCACUCACCCCUCACCCCCACACACUCCUCACCACUCACCCUUCAGCCUCACCCCCAACUCCUUACCACUCACCCCUCCUCCCCCACACUCCUCACCCUCACCUUCAGCCCUCACCCCCAACUCCCUCACCCUUCACCCCCUCACCCCCACAUUCCUCUCCACUCACCCUUCCAGCCCUCACCCCAACUCCUUCUCACUCACCCUCACCCCCACACUCCUCACCUUCACCCUUCAGCCCUCACCCCAACUUCUCUUGCCACCCUCACCCCACACUCUUCACCUUCACCAUUUACCCCUCCACACUCCUGCCACUUUCCCCCUACCUCCUCACCUCACACCCUAG